GGAUGGUUGGCCACCAGAGCUGCAAUGUCGUCCCUGACGACCUCCACUGAGGGAGAGAACUCCACUCCCAGGUUUGUUGUUGGUUCCAGGGAUGAUGAAACAGACUUUCUGGGAUCAAACAUGAAGACAGAUGAAACUGAUUUCUUUGAAGAUGAUGAAGAGGAGGAGUCGCCACCUGAAAGGCAGAUCGUGGUUGGAAUCUGUGCCAUGACCAAAAAGUCUAAGUCGAAGCCCAUGACACAGAUUCUGGAGCGCCUGUGUAAGUUUGAGUACAUCACUGUGGUGAUCAUGGGGGAAGAUGUGAUCCUGAACGAACCGGUGGAGAACUGGCCCUCUUGUGACUGCCUGAUAUCCUUCCACUCCAAAGGGUUCCCUCUGGAUAAAGCUGUUGCUUAUGCCAAGCUGUGCAAGCCAUUCCUGAUCAAUGACCUCAACAUGCAGUAUUAUAUCCAGGACAGGCGUGAAGUGUAUCGAAUCCUUCAAGAAGAGGGAAUAGACUUGCCUCGCUAUGCUGUGCUCAAUCGAGACCCUGACAGACCAGAAGAGUGCAACUUAGUGGAAGGAGAGGACCACGUGGAGGUAAAUGGAGCUAUUUUCCCAAAGCCAUUUGUGGAGAAGCCAGUCAGUGCUGAAGACCAUAAUGUGUAUAUCUACUACCCAACGUCAGCAGGUGGGGGCAGCCAGCGGCUCUUCCGGAAGAUUGGCAGCCGGAGCAGCGUGUACUCUCCAGAGAGCAGCGUAAGGAAGACUGGCUCCUACAUUUAUGAGGAGUUUAUGCCUACAGAUGGCACUGAUGUGAAGGUGUACACUGUGGGGCCAGACUAUGCCCACGCGGAGGCUCGCAAGUCACCCGCCUUGGAUGGGAAGGUGGAACGGGACAGUGAGGGGAAGGAGAUCCGCUACCCGGUCAUGCUGACUGCCAUGGAGAAGCUGGUUGCCCGGAAAGUCUGUGUAGCCUUUAAGCAAACUGUGUGUGGCUUCGACCUGCUGCGGGCAAACGGCCACUCGUUCGUCUGUGACGUCAACGGCUUCAGCUUUGUGAAGAAUUCUAUGAAGUAUUAUGAUGACUGUGCCAAAAUCCUUGGAAAUAUAAUCAUGCGGGAAUUGGCUCCCCAGUUUCAUAUUCCCUGGUCCAUCCCAACAGAGGCAGAAGACAUUCCCAUUGUCCCCACAACUUCAGGAACCAUGAUGGAGCUCCGUUGUGUUAUUGCAGUCAUUCGGCACGGAGAUCGCACGCCAAAACAGAAGAUGAAGAUGGAAGUGAAGCAUCCACGGUUCUUUGAGUUAUUUGAGAAAUACGAUGGCUACAAAACUGGGAAGUUGAAGCUGAAGAAACCAGAGCAGCUACAGGAAGUGCUGGACAUUGCACGGCAGCUUGUGGUGGACCUGGGAACUCACAGCGACUGUGAGAUUGAGGAGAGGAAAUCCAAACUGGAGCAGCUGAAGAGUGUUUUGGAGAUGUAUGGACAUUUUUCUGGCAUUAACCGUAAGGUUCAGCUGACCUAUCUGCCUCAUGGGCAUCCAAAAGCUGCAAGUGAAGAUGAAGAAGCUCGCAGAGAGCCUUCCCCAUCCCUUCUCCUGGUGCUUAAGUGGGGUGGAGAGCUGACACCAGCAGGAAGAGUCCAGGCUGAAGAGCUGGGGCGAGCCUUUCGCUGCAUGUACCCUGGGGGCCAAGGUGAUUAUGCUGGCUUCCCUGGCUGUGGCUUGCUCAGGCUGCACAGCACCUACCGCCAUGAUCUCAAGAUCUACGCCUCAGAUGAGGGACGAGUUCAGAUGACAGCAGCAGCUUUUGCAAAGGGCCUUCUGGCUCUGGAAGGAGAGCUGACCCCCAUCCUGGUGCAAAUGGUGAAAAGUGCCAACAUGAAUGGUCUUCUGGACAGUGACAGCGAUUCCCUUAGCAGCUGUCAACACAGAGUGAAGGCAAGACUGCAUGAGAUCAUGCAGAAGGAUGCUGAGUUCUCUGAGGAGGAUUAUGAAAAGCUAGCACCUACAGGCAGUGCUUCUCUGCUCAACUCCAUGACUUUUAUCCAGAACCCAGUGGAGGUCUGUAACCAGGUGUUCACCCUGAUUGAGAAUCUCACCUCCCAGAUAAAAAAACGCCUGGAAGACCCCAAAUCUGCAGACCUGCAGCUGUACCACAGUGAGACUUUAGAGCUGAUGCUGCAGCGCUGGAGCAAGCUGGAGCGUGACUUCCGGAUGAAGAAUGGGCGCUACGACAUCAGCAAGAUCCCCGACAUCUACGACUGCAUCAAGUACGACGUGCAGCACAACUGUGCACUGAAGCUGGAAGGCACAGCUGAACUCUUCAAGCUCUCUAAAGCCCUGGCAGAUGUGAUCAUACCCCAGGAAUAUGGAAUUAAUAAGGAGGAGAAACUGGAGAUUGCUAUUGGCUUUUGUCUUCCCCUCAUUAAAAAGAUCCAGUUGGACCUACAGAGAACCCAUGAAGAUGAGUCUGUCAACAAACUACAUCCCUUGUACUCGAGAGGAGUUCUGUCGCCAGGUCGCCACGUUCGGACGCGGCUCUACUUCACCAGUGAGAGCCACGUGCACUCCCUGCUCAGCAUCUUCCGCUACGGGGGGCUCCUGGAUGAGAACAAAGACCAGCAGUGGAAGAGAGCCAUGGACUAUUUGAGUGCUAUCUCAGAGCUGAACUACAUGACCCAGAUUGUUAUCAUGCUCUACGAGGACAACAACAAGGACCCAUCUUCAGAAGAGCGUUUCCAUGUGGAGCUGCAUUUCAGCCCUGGUGUGAAGGGCUGUGAGGAGGACAGGAAUGUGCCCACGGGGUUCGGCUUUCGGCCAGCCUCCGCAGAGAACGAAGACAAGAAAACAGACCAAGGAAGCCUGGAGAACCUCUCCAAAGAGAAGGGCAUGGAUGAGCCAGACCGUGCCCAGCAAAGGUCCCCACAGCCUUCGGAGCCUGUCAGCAUUCAGCGCAGAUCUCCACUGAUCAGGAACCGGAAGACAGGGUCCAUGGAGGUACUCUCUGAAUCUUCUUCCAAAUCAGGAGGCUAUCGACUCUUCAACAGCUACUCCAGGCAGUCUUCUGAGAUGAAGCAGAGUGGCCUAGGGUCACAAUGCACCGGCCUGUUUAGCACCACUGUGCUGGGAGGCUCCUCCAGUGCCCCCAACCUCCAGGACUACGCUCGCAGCCAUGGCAAAAAGUUUGCCAGCAGCCUGACAUACAAAGACGAGCUCUUGUCUAUGCCAGCCGUAAAACGAUUUUCUGUGUCGUUUGCAAAGCAUCCGACUAAUGAUGUGCUUGAGCACCACCAGGUUGCCCAGUUGCUGCGCCGUUUUUCCUCUGACUGUGCCACGAGCCGGAACGUCUGCCUGGAUGCCACUCUAGCCCAUCACCUCCAGCACUGCUCCUACCACCUGCGCCUCUUCAGGAGCUGGCUGAUCUCAGGGCAGGAGGACUUGGAGUUUCUUUACGGUUUUGAAGGCUGCUCCAUGGUUCCCACCAUUUAUCCCCUGGAGACCCUGCACAACUCCCUGUCUUUGCGACAGGUCAACGAGUUCCUGACGGCUGUGUGCAAGAGCUGCAGUGACUCACACGUCCAGUCUACUGCAGCUUUGUUUGAUUCAAUGAUUGGCAGCCAGAUACCAGGAGACCCCUUUAUGUCCCAGCGAAUCCUGUCAUCAUCCUCUCUGCCACUGCGCCAGCGUUCAGAUAAGCCCCCGUGGUACAGCAGUGGCCCAUCCAGUACUGUCUCCAGUGCAGGCCCAUCCUCCCCAACCUCUGUGGACAACUGUGCUCGCUUCAGCUUCACUGAGAAACUCUCCAUCAGUCCCCCGAAAAGUGAGGAACUGACUGGCCAGUCCCCUGAGGAAGAUGAGAGACAGGCUCCAGGUGUGGAAGUGGGCAUGUCUGAGCUGCUGAUGGUGGCAGAGCCAAGUGCCCCAGACACCCUCACCUGGAAUACAGACCCAGACCCAGGCAGGGUCCUGGAGCUGGCAGAGGAGGACUCAAACCCAAAGGAGAAGAGCAUGGUGCAGCUGGAUGAAAAAGAAUCAGCUAUGGAAAUGUUAGAGGCAAGUAACACAUGGAACCCAAAGUGUGGUGCGGAGUCUGAUGCAAGGCUGGCUGGGGAGACCCUGCAACCAGGUGAGGGGUAUGUGUUGGGAAUGCCUGGCCUGGAUCAGUCAGGGCUGUCCAAAGAGAUGCCCUGUGAAGAGGAGCUGCUGGGAGAGGCACUGGACCCAGAGCAUAAGAUCAAGGAGCUUCUGGGGGACAGUGCUGUGUCAGGCCAGCUUCUGUCUGAUCACCCAUGCCAGGUGCGGCCACUCUCUCCUGAGAAGAGCAAGGAGGAGCUACAGCUGCUAUGCCAGGAGGAUCAGCAGAACUAG